AUGGCAGGCUCGGGCGCGGGGUCACCAGCGUAUCGAGCUGAAACGAAUGAUCCGAAUCUGGAUCAGCGAGUCAGCAUCUCGUUCAUUUUGAUUGAUACUUUUUUCCUGCUGGUGUUCUUCGCGAGCCGCUAUUUCAACCCCAAGGCCGUGGGAGUCCCCAUGGUCGUGUGUAAUACGCUGUGCUAUGUGCUUUGCAUGGGGAGUGCAGCCACGGGAAUCUUGAUGGUUAAAAUAGGCGGCGCAGGGCACCACGCUGAUACCGUCCCAGUGAGCACCGUUGAGAACUGGCUGAAACUAUCCAAAGUUCUCGAAUUUACCUACACGCCCGCCAUCAUGUUCGCCAAACUUGCCGCUCUAUUCCUCUACCACCAACUCUUCGAAGUCUCGAGUUACCGCCGCGUCAUUAUUGGCCUCGGCGUGAUCAUCAUCCUUCAAGGCGUGAUUUCCCUUAUCCUAGCGUUUUCGAUUUGCAGGCCUUUUAGGUACUUCUGGACCCAGGCGGUUGAUAUUCACGAUGGGAGUUGUGGAGACGUGAUGCUUUUUUAUAAGACCUAUAGCAUUCCGAGUCUGGUCACGGAUGUGGUCAUGGUGAUACUCCCCUGGCCGAUUCUUCUCAAACUGCAAAUGCCUACAACCGAAAAGAUUGGCCUUUUUUUUACUUUUCUGGCUGCUUCGAUGGGCAUAAUAACAUGCGCGCUUCGCUUCUCCGUCUUCUUUACCACCCCGCUCUUCUCGGACCCAACAUGGUACGCCUCGGGGGGUCCAAUGAUUUACGCCCUCAUCGAACCCUCCAUCUACAUGAUAGCUAGCAUACUACCCACCACGCGGCAUCUCUACCGGCGAGUCUACAGAAAUGUGCAACGAGCUGCGCAGCUGCGUAGUGCGCAGAGCAACAGUGAUGCCAAUAACAUUUCUCAAUUGGCAGAACUCGGGCGUAUCGGCAACAGUGACACAGGCAGCCACAGAACCACACGACCUGUGGAUGUCUGGGAGGUAGACGCAAAUUCAAGUCAGGAGGAGCUAACGCUAAGAGAGUGGCAUCAAUCCAGGCCAGCAGGCACUUCAUCGCCGGGUACGCCAGAAGCGCGUUCUUUCGUGAGCAGUAAGAUCACAAAAUAUUAG